UUCAGAAUUUGGCGCGAGGUGAUUACGAGGUGGAAAAGAGGAGUUCACUGACAGAUCUGGGAAAAUAUAGCGAGAAACACCUUUUUUUUUGCUGGAAGCCGUUUGGAAAACUGGAUUAUGCAUUUUAUCUUAAUUACAAAAACCUGAAGAAAUCCCUAUGAAAUGUCGGUUGCAACGGAAACUUCGACGUCCCGGGUGCCUCUCCCUCUUCCGGCCCACCUUUGCCACGCAGAACAGUCGUUCUCCCUCAAAAAGCGCAGAUUCCCGUUAUCCUCCUCGUCUGCUUCUAAUAAUUCAUCCAGCUCCUCCCCACUUCGAGUCUCCUAUUCCCUGCCUCCACUACCACCAUCCAAAGGAUGCCCCCCUCUGAGCAGAAUGUUCCCUCCCCAUCAAUCCCCCUGGACGCCGCUGUCAGACUCUCUCACUAAAUCUCCCCCUCCGAGCUCCUUGUAUGACCCCAGUAAGCAUAACUCCUAUUUUGGUCAGUGCUUCACUAAUUUGGGCCUUCUUGGUAGAGGAUCCUUUGGAGAGGUCUAUAAGGUGCAAAACAACAAGGAUGGCCGUCUUUACGCCGUGAAACGCUCCGCUCAUCGCUUCAGAGGGAACAGCGACAGGAAACGAGGUGUUAAAGAAGCCAAGGACCACGAGCGCAUUUGUCCUCAUCCUCACAUUCUGGAUUUUGUGGCGGCGUGGGAGGAGAGCGACCGACUGUAUAUUCAGACAGAGCUGUGCAGCACCAGCUUGCUGCUACAUGCUGAGAACAAGCCUCCUGGCCCCGAUGAGCCAGCGGCGUGGGGUUACCUGUGUGACCUGCUGUCUGCUCUGCAGCACCUGCAUUCUCAUGGUUUUGUACAUUUGGACCUUAAACCCGCCAAUGUUUUAAUUACGGAGUCUGGUCGCCUUAAGCUGGGUGACUUUGGGCUCCUGUUGGAGAUCGACCAGACGGUGGCAAAGUUGCGAAACGGGAAGGUAAAGGAGGACAUCCAGGAAGGAGAUCCUAGAUACAUGGCUCCGGAGCUCCUCCGUGGGGAAUAUGGACCUGCUGCAGAUGUUUUUAGUUUGGGUGUUUCUAUUCUGGAGCUUGCCUGUAACCUUGAGGUACCAAAUGGUGGUGAGGGAUGGCAGCAACUCAGACAGGGACACCUCCCCUCUGAGUUUACCAACGGCCUGUCUGUUGAGCUUCAGUCAGUCCUGAGGAUGAUGCUGACCCCAGAACCAUCUGAAAGACCAACAGUCUCUCAACUUCUUGCUUUGCCUUCUGUCAGAAAACGCAGAUGGAAAAGGCGCAUUUAUCUGAUGGUUGCUGAGACCAUGUUGACCCUGGUCUCCUUCUGCCAAUUUGUGAUGGGCUUUAGUUGCAAGCUUCUCUCUUCAGUUUGCUUACCGUUUGUGCCUCGGUGGUCGAAGCCAGAGCCUAGCACGCCUCCUAAGGACAGCUGUGACAGGGACAUGACGUUGUCCCUCAGUUCCCUGCAUAAUGAUCCUGGAAGUCCUGAGGAUGAUGGAGUUUUUCUGCUUCAUACAGAUGCAGAACAUUCCCCCACCUUUUCACUCAGGCUUAAAUCCAGACUGUCAGCAGAAAGCACGUCAACUCCUCUCCAAGGUUCACCGACACAGAACCACCACAGUCCUGUCCACACAUCCGUUAUAUCCACACAGUCGGUUCUGGGGGACUGGUCAUCCUAUAACUUGGCCCUGACUCCAUCCAGCAUCUACUCCAACAGAUCCUGCCACACACUGACCCCCAACCUCAGCCCCAUUCAUGCAGAGCCCCAGCCGAGCUCUUCCUCCACCCGUCUUCAGCGGCUCCACGCAGACGAGGCGGCCCCGCGUUCUAACUUUGAACCGAAGAACCUGCUCAGCCUGUUUGAAGAAACAACAGAAGGACAUCCUUGAGAACCCUAGAGAGUCCAUUCCGUAUUGGGCUUGUGUGAACGCGUCUUUUUUUCUCUGCCAUUUUGUAAAUACUGCAACGGGUUCUUUUAAAGUGUUUUUGAAAAAUAUGGAUUUGAAUAUUUAGUCGGACUUUACAGCACUUUUUACGUUUGUGUAAACGCAGACAGUUUUGCAACUGGCAUGGUGUGAUUUAUUUGUUACUAUUUGCAUGAUUGACUCUAUAGAGUAUUUUUUCCUCAUGGGGCACAAAGCAAAGAUUUGAAGUUGUGGUGCCUAAUAAGUUUGAGAAAACAUAACAUUUUGACUACUCUGGGUUCCUUUCUUCAUACAAGUUUUUGUUUUUGGAUUAAAUGUUACAGGUUGUUCUUGAGGACAUCCAGUAGAACCAACAGAAUGGAUGGUGAGUUGGUGUAACAUCUUCACCACUAGAUGGCAGUCAUGUACUAUAAAAUAUAUGCCUUUGGUCAUUAAAAGUCUGGAG